AAAAUUCAAGAAGAAGAUCAAAACGACAAAAUUGAAAUAUCCGAGUCACUGCAAUUCAACUUCAACACCAUAUGUAAUGCUACAAAUGACUUCUUUGUUUCUAAUAAACUUGGAGAAGGAGGAUUCGGGGUUGUUUACAAGGGACAACUUUCCAAUGGACAAGAGAUUGCUGUGAAAAGGUUAUCAAAAGAUUCUGGACAAGGUGAUUCGGAGUUUAAAAAUGAGGUGCUUUUAGUGGCUAGACUUCAACACCGUAAUUUAGUUAGACUACUCGGCUUCUGUCUAGAAGGAAUUGAGAGAUUACUUGUAUAUGAGUUUGUUCAUAACAAAAGUCUCGAUUACUUCAUUUUUGAUCAAGCUAAGAGAAGACAAUUGUAUUGGGAAAUGCGUUACAAAAUUAUUUUAGACGAAGAGAUGAACCCUAAGAUAGCUGAUUUUGGCAUGGCGAGACUUUUUGGUGCAGACCAAACUCAAGAAAACACAAGAAGAAUUGUGGGAACCUAUGGAUAUAUGGCACCUGAAUAUGCAAUGCAUGGAGAAUUUUCAGUGAAGUCAGAUGUCUUCAGUUUUGGUAUAUUAAUUCUUGAAAUUGUAAGUGGUAUGAAAAAUAGCGGUGUUCGAGAUGGGGAAAGUAUAGAGUAUCUCUCUAGCUUGCAUGGAGAAAUUGGAGGGACGGAACGCCAACAAAUACUAUAG